CUAUUUCACAGACCGAGUGACGUAUUAUGUUUGGCAUAAUUAGGUGGAAAGUCUCAACCAAUCACGUCGCGGAAUAAAACCAGCCUCCUCCAUGACCUUUUUCGGCAGACCUAUCAAUAAGCGAAGCGUUGAUGAGAGACAAUUCCCUGGGGACUAGGUUAAUCAGAUAGGAAAGAGGCACUGGGAACAAUGAGUUUGGUCAAAAAAGAUUCAUGCAAAUCAGACGGGCAACGUAAUUGUUCUUAAUGUUAUUUUAUUCAGUUCUAAAAAAAUAUGCGAAGAAGAUGAACUAAAUAUUCGAAAGAAUGGUGGCUGUAAAAUCGUUAAUUGUGCUUCUGCUGCUCUCGACAGUUGUCACUACUGUGUACGCAGCUUCUGCUUCAAAAUUUUUUGACAGAGACGAUAUUCAACGGAGAAGCCGUAUUGCUCGUUACCAUAAACAAAAUGACAUUAAACGGACUUUAACGCCAAACACUCCGGACGUACCUGAUACUAUACCUUUGACACCUGAUAUGAAUGUACUGACACCGGACACUCCAGAUACACCGGACACAAAAAUGAAAAUUCCGGAAACUCGAGAUACCCCUAGUAGUAAAGGAUUUAGUGUUCUAUCCGGAGAUGGAUCCGGUGAGAGUGGUGAGUCCGGUUAUUCUGAAGCUGAAUCCGGUAAACACAUUCCAAUACUGCGGUUAGCAGCUCCAUUUGCAACCGUUAAUUCAAGUCAAGGAUCAUUUAACGUCCUAUGGAAGCCAACAGAUGUUCAUAAAGCCAAUAUUAGUAUAAAAGCUGCAGAUUUUUUAACAGAAACUGCUGCUGUUGAUAUGCCGAAAAUUAAAGCCAAUGACAAACUGAUAGCGGAGGGGUCUGAAAGCAAUGAAUACACGACUCACUUAAACAACCUCAAAGCUAGCGCUUCGCUUACCAACAACACAGAAGAUAUGAAUUCACUACUAGAAGACAACGUAAUGAGUAGUUUCUUAGAUUUAUAUGGUAGAUCCCAUAUCCCUGAUGGUUACGCAAAACAUAAAUUUUUGCACCGGAGAAGCAAGCUUCGAAAGGAAAAAUUCAUAAAAGCAAGACCAGAUACACUUGGAGACAGCUACAAAAAGCAAGGUUUAGAGGUCCCAUACGAUGAUAAAGAAGCUUUAGGAGGGGAGCCUAUAGGCAACGUUGGACCUGAUAACGGGUUGGAAGGUUUGGGAAGUGACAUGCAAGGUUUUCCAGCAGGUAUGGGUGCAGGCGCAGAACCGUUGGGGGCGUACGAUCAAAGAAAUGGUCCACCAAAUUAUCAGAGAGAAGAAGAAACGCCCGAAGAAGGAGGACCGGGAUUUGGUGGACCAGUUGGCUUUUCGAAGGAUCCCUCUGAACGGUUUUCACAGGGUAGUGAUUCCCAAGCCGGAGAUUUCUUUGAAAGUCGACAACCAGUUGACAUGGAUAAUUCCCCAAGAAAUGGGUUUAGAGGGAUGCCUUCCUUUGAACAGUCACAUGAAGCUGUCGUCAGUAUGGGACCUCCACCGAUGAGUGGGUUCAUGAACCCACCAGCAGCAAUGGCAGAAUCGAUGUCAAACAAUCUUCAAGCAAUGGACAAAGCGAAUAUUCAAGGAGAUAAUGAAAUUGCACAAUUGGUGCGUGGUCGAGGGGGACAAAAUUUUCAACAAGAUGCUCCUCUUGAUCCGUCUGUCCCUUCCAGUAGCGAAGCUGGGUUAAUGGAUAAACAGAAUUUUGAACAAGGCUCCGAAGAAUAUAGAAAUUUUAAAAAAUCGUCACCAUAUUAUGGUCUGGAGAAUGGUUUACACGCUGACUUAUCUGAUGCCGAGCAAACUAAAGGUGAAGAAAAGAAACACGAAGGCCAGGUAGAAAAAGAUGAGGCGAACUUUUGGAAGAAAUAUGGAGAUGUACAUUUUGAUGAUAUCUCAGCUGUCGAACAGCGACUUGAUCGAGACAAUUACAAAGAUAUUGAUCGUUACAAUGAAGAGGAUAUGGCGAAAUAUAGAGCGAAUAGAUUUGUGGGGAUUGGCCCUAACAGAUUUUACACACGUCAUAUGAGUGAAGCAGAUGAAAACAUAGGUAGAAGAGAAGAGGAGAAUUAUUUUGGCACAACAAUAACUGAUCGAGAAAAUCAGCAUCAUGAGAACGGAAUGGAGGAAAAUGGUGACAGCUACCCAGACCGACAGUCUCAAAACGUUAUGCGCUUUAUUGGUCAACCUGUCAACCGUCAAUGGAGUGACAACGAAGACAAAAGUAAAGUGAAUGACAUGAUAGGGAACAGUAUGACAAGAGGUUCGUCACGCGAUCCAAAUUAUCAAAUGACAGCUUACAGUUCAAAGAUGCUAAAUAUGGCGCAAGUCGCAUUGGAAAAAAGGGAAGCUAUAAAUAGAAACACUUACAAAGAUGAAGAUCGAAACGGUUUAUUUCAAUAUUAUUAUUGAGGUUUUAAAAGUUUGUAUAUAAAUAUGCUUGUUGUAAAUAUAAAUGGAGAAUUAGAAUUUUUAAACAUAUCAAAGAAUAUCUCACAA